AUGGUCACGCUCAUCACCGAGAAGCUGCAGAACCAGAGCCUGGACGACCUCGCGCACCAGAGCUGCGAUGCCGGCCCGUGCUCAGCCGAGAAGCGGAACAGCAGAAGUGGCCCCGUGUUCCCUUUUGAGACCAACGGAGACAGGUGCCCCUGGAAGGCCCUGAGCGGAGGGUGGCCCCUCCGGAGCCCGGCGGCCGUGGUCCCCGCCCUCCCCUUCCCGCCGGGCCUGGGCGCGGGCAGCGCCGUGGACCUCAGGGAGAGCUCGGGGCCGGCCCUGGCCCCGCCCAGCAAGCGACACUGCCGCUCCCUGUCGGAGCCGGACGAGCUGGCCCGCUGCCGCUCCCCCUGGCGCCCCGGGGGCUCCAAGGUCUGGACCGCCGUCUCCAAGCGGCGCUGCCACAGCGGCGGGAGCGCCAGCCUGCCCGGGGGCGCCCCGCCCGCCGCCGGCCCCGGCUCCCCGCCCGCGCCCCGGCCCGCCUCCGCCAGCGGCGGCUGCGAGGACGCCGGCUGCCCGCCCUGGGCGCCCCCGGGGCCCGCCCUGUGCUCCCGGCGCCGCCUGUCCCUGUCGCAGGAGCACCUGCUGGACGCAGACGCCCCGUCGGCGGCGCCGGCGCGGGGCUGGCGGCUGGGCCUGCUGCGGAGCCGCUCGCAGCCCUGCGUGCUCGCCGGCAGGAAGAGCCGCCGGAAGCGCCCGCGGGAGGAGGAUCCGCGCUGGCCGCGCCCGUCCCUGGACUUCCUGAAGAUGACGCGGACGCUGAAGAACUCAAAAAGCCUCGGCUCCCUCGACUGCGACGGCGAGGAGGAGGAUGAGGCCAGAGCGAAGACGGCCGUGUCCUCCCCUCGGGCCCCGCACGGCCUCACGGGCCUCGUCACCCCGGCCUCCAGCCCCCUGGGCGCCUGCCCCAGCCCGUGGGCCUCCCAGGAGGGGGGCAGCGGCGGGGAGCCGGGGGGCUGGGACAGCGCCGGCGAGGAGGGCGUGUGCCCGCCGGGCCCCGGCGAGCUGGACCUGGAGCAGAUCGAGAACAACUGA